UGGGGGUGGCCGAGGGCGCAGGGCGGAGACCGUCGCGAGUCCUGGGGCGCCUCCAUCGUCUCUCCCACUCGCCGCCGGCUUUCCAAGACAUCUGUCCCGCCCGCAGCCCAUUUCGUUGCUGCGAAAUGGUGAGCAGCGGGGUGUUUGGGGAGGAGCUCAGAGAUUGGGAGGUGGGAAUCUGGUGGAACCGAGGCCAUAAUCUGGAAAGGGAGCUGCGGCCUGGGUGUUUGCCCCCAGUACUCCAGGACAGUGCCGGCGGGGAAAGGCUGGACAUGGGGAGGCGGGGGUGCAACGUGAUGUGUCAGCAGAACCCCGAGAGGGGUUAUAGGGGUGGGAAACCUUUGACAACCAGGCCUCCGAAUUAGGAAAGAGUUUUCUGUUCUGGGGACCGGUCCGUCCACCAAGCACUCGGUAGCGGCUGUUUCCAGUUUUUCUGUGACUGUGUCUUCCUGACCAUGGCUCUGUGUUUUGUGGGUCCGAGCCUCUCCCGGGUUGCCAGUCUUUCCGUAGGUUGCGGCACUACGCCAGGCUAGAGAAGAGGAAGGAAAUUAACCCCGAUCGGUGAAGGUCGAUUUGAGGGUCUGCUGUAGCAGGUGGCACCACUUGAAAAGAGGGAGGAAGUUUCCUCAGAUCAGUAGAGAUUGCAAGGGUUGUUGGGCGUGGCACACCUCCAGGGGAGGGAAGAAGGGGCAAACUGCCUGUCUGAAGGAGGUCCGCCUCCAGAAUCAGCUGUUGUGGCCUUGAAGAGGCUGAAGACAAUCAUCCUCCGAAGGCCUGCACCCAGGCCAGGCCCAUAGCCCUCCUCCCCCAGCCUGUGACUACUGUGUUCCUUGGUCCCUGAUAUCGUCAGGGACGAUUGCAUGGGCUACGCCAGGAAAGUAGGCUGGGUGACCGCAGGACUGGUGAUUGGGGCUGGCGCCUGCUAUUGCAUUUAUAGACUGACCAGGGGAAGAAAACAGAACAAGGAGAAAAUGGCUGAGGGCGGGUCUGGCGACAUGGAUGAUGUUGGGGACUGUCCUGGGGCCAGGUACAAUGACUGGUCUGAUGAUGAUGAUGACAACAGUGAGAACAAAGGUAUAGUAUGGUACCCACCUUGGGCCCGGAUUGGGACUGAGGCUGGGACCAGAGCUAGGGCCAGGGCAAGGGCCAGGGCUACCCGGGCUCGUCGGGCCGUGCAGAAAAGGGCUUCCCCCAAUUCAGAUGAUACUAUUUUGUCCCCUCAAGAGUUGCAAAAAGUUCUUUGCUUGGUUGAGAUGUCUGAAAAGCCUUAUAUUCUCGAAGCAGCUUUAAUUGCCCUGGGUAACAAUGCUGCUUACGCAUUUAACAGAGAUAUUAUUCGUGAUCUGGGUGGUCUCCCGAUUGUUGCAAAGAUUCUCAAUACUCGGGAUCCCAUAGUUAAGGAAAAGGCUUUAAUUGUCCUAAAUAACUUGAGUGUGAAUGCUGAAAAUCAGCGCAGGCUUAAGAUAUACAUGAAUCAAGUGUGUGAUGACACAAUCACUUCUCGCUUGAACUCAUCUGUGCAGCUGGCGGGACUAAGAUUGCUUACGAACAUGACUGUUACUAAUGAGUAUCAGCACAUGCUUGCUAAUUCCAUUUCAGACUUUUUUCGUUUAUUUUCAGCAGGAAAUGAAGAAACCAAAUUUCAGGUUUUGAAACUCCUUUUGAAUUUGGCUGAAAAUCCAGCCAUGACUAGAGAACUGCUCAGGGCCCAAGUACCAUCUUCACUGGGUUCCCUCUUUAAUAAGAAGGAGAACAAAGAGGUGAUUCUUAAACUUCUGGUCAUAUUUGAGAACAUAAAUGACAAUUUUAAAUGGGAGGAAAAUGAACCUACUCAGAAUCAAUUCAGCGAAGUUUCACUUUUUUUCUUUUUAAAAGAAUUUCAAGUGUGUGCUGAUAAGAUUCUGGGGAUAGAAAGCCAUCAUGAUUUUUUGGUGAAAGUAAAAGUUGGAAAAUUCAUGGCCAAACUGGCUGAGCAUAUGUUCCCAAAGAGCCAGGAAUAACUUCUUGAUUUUGUAGUUUAGAAGCAACACACAUUGUAAACUACUCCUUUUCUCCACCUUGUUUAUAUGGUAAAGGAAUCCUUUCAGCUGCCAAUUUUGAGUAAUGAAUAUCAUAUUGUAUCAUCAACGCUGAUAUUUAUCUGAGUUGGUCUUCAGGUCUAAGCUGGAUGAAUGAAUAUCACUACCUGUUCUGAAAACAAGUUUGUUGCUUUUUAUCUCACUGCCUAGAUUGAAAUAUUUUUACUAUUUCUUCUGCACAAGUGACAGUGAACCAAUUCGUCAUAAAUAAGCUCUCUCCUGUCAUGGGCAUUGACUUAAUUUGUAUAUCAUCAAUAAAGUUGUGUGCUAAUGCUGGAAAAAAAAGAAAGAAGAAAAAGAAACCAUCCUUGUCUUUUGGUUUAUAAUCUAGUUGGAGAGAUAAGAAACAUACAAACAAAAAGAUAAUAUCUCAAGCAUAUAUUCAUCGUCAAAUAUGUGCGUUCAGAGCACAGAGGAAGCAAAGGUUUCUGUGGGAUACAAUAGUCAGCUACAGAUUUAUGGAGGAAGUGGCCAUUUAAAAUGAGUCCUCUAUGGGAUAGGUAGUUAGGGCAUUCCGUAUGAUGGGAGUGACGGGGGACUGGUGUGAGAAAGGCAUGGAGGUAGGAAGUCUUCCUAUGACAGUAAGGGGGAGACUAGUCUGCUUAGAGUGGAGAGUGUAAGGAUGGGAAGUAAAUAAAUUUGGAAAACUGGCUGAAGCCAGUUUGUGGAGAACUGUUUGAAUAUUAUCCCACUGAACACUGAGAGCCAGUAAAUAAUUUUGACUAGAAAGAAUAAUUGGAAUUCAUAUAAAAGUUCCUCUCUCACCCACUGUGCAGUGUGCUUGAGGGUGUGGCAAAAUGGAUCCUUUCAAACCCUGGUGGUAGGAAUGAGCUUACACUGGCUCAAGGUUUGUGGAGGGCCAUUUUGUAAUACAUAUCAUAAGCCUUAAAAUAUGUAAACCCUUUGUCCCAAAGAAAUAAUUGAUUCAUUGGCCAAAAACUGUAUGUACAAGGCUGUUCAUCCCAGCAAUGUGUAAAAUAGUAAAAACUGGAACCAACUUAAACAAUUUAGCACACUGGAUUGGUUAAAUAAAUUAAAGAAUAUUCACACGGUAUAAGAUAAAUAUGUCACUUGCAAUCCAUAUUGCCAGGGAACGAUAUUCAUCAUGCAUUGUUAAGUGAGAAAGGUAGGUUAGAUAGCAGUAUUCAUAGUAUGAUUCCACUUUUUUGAGAAUAUAAGACGUUUAAGUAGACACUAAAAACUCUGGAAUUACAGACACCCAAAUAGUAACAGUGGUUAUCUUUGGGUGGAAGGAUAGAGUAAUCUUUACCUUUUUACUUUUUAUUCAUCUAUGUGUUCUUAUUUAUCUAAAACAAAUACUGAUUUUUUCAAAAAUUUUUGAAAAAUAAGUGUUGGGAAUGGAGCAGGUGAUUGGAGCAUGUACUGAGUGGAAAAAAUAUUUAGAUUAAACAUGAGAUGGGUUGAAGUUUUCUCUCUGAAAUAAUAGAUGAGUGCUGAAGAUGGGGCUCGUUGUGAGGAUUAAAUGAAGUAAUACAUGGGAAAUACUUAGAAUGUUCUGGCACAUAGCAGUUAAUUAAGAAAAGUGAGCACGCUUAAUUCCCUGGAAUUCAAGGUUGAUAGCUUUUUUGGUUGACCUUUGUUUCGCUGGGGGCAUUCUUCCACAUGUCAGCAUCAUUUAAUAAAUAAUAACAACAAUAAAGUUUAGCACUUAUUAAGUGA